AUGGAGCCCCACAUGACACACUUUGACCACCCUCUUUUCAUCCCUGCCAACGAUUGUCCAAGCCCAGUUCCCAGCCCGGUGGCUAGCUCCCCGCCUAUUUCCCGCCAAUGGACAGCGAACUCGAUGGAGCGGCCUUCGAUCUCUACCAUUGAUGCCUUUUGCGAGCAGUCUGUCUGGGAGUCCGACUCCGAUUCAGAGUCUCUUGGCUGCAAAUCCAUGUCGCGGAGACCUAUCGACACUCUGCGCAAGGUCCGCAGUCGCGCUAAGCUCCGUGGUGCCAAGUCGCAGCCUCGACUGCAUCAGACUAUGCUCGGUGAACAGACAGUGGACGAGUUCCGAUGCAUGCCCGAGGACAUUGUAGGGGAGCCCAUCCCAGACAAUAUCCGACCUAGCAUCGAACGUCCCAGCACUAGCAGAGACGGCCUGCGUCCGCCUAACGCCCUGCAGACACUGCGUCUUGUUGCCCCUUCCACCACAUCUCUCAUUCGCCCUCGAUCUCGGAAGAACAGCAAUCCAGAUAGCGCUGAUGUCGCUCGCGCUGCAGCUGCGGCUGCAGCUUUGCAAGCACAAUCCCGGCGGCGCCAGCGCUCCGACUCACCAGAAUACUCGAACCCCGACAAGAGCAGCCAGGAGAAGUUGACGGCAUUCUGCUACGAGCAGCACUCGCAGUUUCCGUUCAUUGAUGGAUCCCGCGAGCAAAGACCCCUCUUCCAGCGCUUCAUGGACUCCUUACGUUCACUUAACUGCCAGAAGCCCACCAAGUCUCGCAAAUCUUACAAGAAAACCAAUGUUACCACCAUUUGA